AUGGAUAAUCAAUUGAUUAACUAACUAAUACAAAUCACUUAAUCACGAUCGGAUCCUCUUCCUCUUGGCAGCGGUCUUCUUGAUUUUCCUGGAAAAUUAAAUACUCGCCCACUGCUUUCUCCUGAACCCAACACAUCCCAAACCCAACUCGCCGCAUCACCGACUUUACCAUGGCUCCUCCGCACGGCGGCGGAUCAAACGCUGCAGCAGGGGAAGCCAUCGCUGCUCCAGUUGACCAGCAGCAACAGCGCCCCAUUUCUUCAAUCCUUAUAAUCAUCGGUUUCCAAAAGGGGCUCCCUGGGUCAGGUGUUGACUGUGUCGGCACAGUUUCUGCAGCUCUUGUUGCUUACGCUGCAGUUCAAGCACUAAAACCUGACUUAAUUAUCAAUGCUGGCACAGCAGGCGGCUUCAAGGCCAAAGGUGCUGGUGUUGGGGAUGUAUAUCUGAUAUCUGGUGUGGCUUUUCAUGACCGGAGAAUUCCCAUUCCUGUUUUCGAUCUAUAUGGAGUAGGUUCAAGGAAGCCCUGUUCAACGCCCAAUAUAGCAAAAGACCUUAACUUAAAGGUUGGUAAACUCUCCACCGGAGAUUCUCUGGACAUGUCACCUCAGGACGAGGCAUCAAUUACUGCAAAUAAUGCUGUAGUUAAAGAUAUGGAGGGUGCAGCUGUUGCCUAUGUAGCCGAGAUGUUGCAAGUCCCUGCGAUAUUCAUCAAAGCUGUGACCGACAUUGUUGAUGGCGACAAGCCGACUGCCGAGGAAUUCCUGCAGAAUCUAGCAGCUGUAACUGCUGCACUUGAUGCGUCUGUCACCCAAGUAAUCGAUUACAUCAAUGGGAAGUGUGUUUGUGAACUUUGA